UUUUUCCUUUGUAAGCGUUUCUAUCGGAUUCGCCUAUCUUCCUUUUCUUCAUAUUCCCCUUCCUUUCCAAAAUGGCCACCCCUAAACUCAAUCCUAACCGUGAACUCGUCGUCGGUCCAGAAGAGCCUCAAGCACCAUAUCCAUUGAAAUUGACUGGCACUGUUGUCAAAGGCUUCGGCCGUGGUAGUAAGGAGCUCGGUAUUCCAACAGCCAAUCUCUCCAAUGAUGCUCUCGAUACGUUAUGCUCAGCAUUCGACACUGGUGUUUACUACGGAUGGACCUCCAUUGGCACUGACAAAUCAACUGUUUAUCCCAUGGUCAUGAGUCUCGGCUGGAAUCCUUAUUACAAGAAUGAAAAGCGAUCGGCAGUAUUUCACAUUAUGCACCAGUUUGAAGAGGACUUUUACGGUACUAGCAUCAAGGUCAUGAUAACAGGUUAUGUGCGUGCCGAGCAAAACUAUCCUUCGCUGGAUGCUCUUAUCGAGGAUAUCAACACCGACAUUGAGGUUGCCCGACAAUCACUUAAGCGACCAGCUUACGAUGCUCUCAAAUCCGAUCCAUUCUUGCAACAAUAAGCUAUGUCUGGACUUAAAAUCACUAAUAGAAACAAUAUAGUAGACGGAGUAGAUGGUGUAAUGUUAUAUAGGUUGUAGUUCUUCCUUGAGAAGAAGAUAAAUUCUCUAUUUUCAUUUGUUUACGUAUGUGGUGUACCGAUAUCUAUGGGGGUUUAUAUCUAUUUUUUGUCAUAGGUAGCAUUCAGAAGGAACAGACGGCUGAACACCAACAGUCCUCGGGGGAUGAUUGGAUCUUCCUUCAAACUGAGACUGAUCCAGUACUGAAUCGACUUGCGCAACUGUUCAGGAGGAACGUCAACGGAACGCCUAUUAAGGGAAGAAGGGUUAAUCAGGGUUGUAGCGAGACAAGUAACUCUGUUUUGCGUCUUACAUUCCACGUUCUUCAGCAGCCUGUUCUAAUUCAGCCAUAUCCAACUGAUCCA